AUGUUCAUAUUGACCAAAAUUGCGGAUCUGGUGCAGAUUGCGCCGGCACAGUUCGAGAAGCACAGCCGGGUGGCCAUUGAGAACAACAUCAACGCCAAGUAUGCCAACCGAGUCAUCCAGAAGAUUGGCCUGUGCAUCUGCAUGUACGACCUGCUCUGGUCGUCCGAGGGUCUGAUCGGCCACGGCACAGGUCUGGUCAACGUGAAUGUUGAGUUCCGCCUCAUCGUCUUCCGGCCAUUCAAGGGCGAAGCCUUGUUUGGCAGGAUCAGCAGCGCAACCCCCGAGGGGCUGAACAUCCGGACAGAAUUCUUUGAAGAGAUCUUUGUGCCUUUCAAGGAGCUGCCUGACGGCUGCGAGUUCGACCACAACCAGCAAACUUGGACCUGGGUGGUAGACGGGGCGCCCAUGUACUACGACAAGAACGAGUCGGUGCGGCUCCAGGUCAUUGACGAAGUCUGGCACGACCAGAGGCCAGAGAGCACAAGUGAGGAGGCGGUGGAGAAGGCGAAGAAGAUUUCGCCAUACAGCGUCCGGGGCACCAUGAUGAAGGAAGGCCUCGGCUGCUGUAUCUGGUGGGAUUAA